UGCUAUUCCAUAUUACUGCGAAAACCCUAGUUCCCAAUUUUAGUUCCAGAAUCAAUCGACCGCCGCCACCGCGUCACUCAGUAAUCGGAGACAAUGGCGUCGAAGUAUGACCUGACGCCGCGGAUUGCGCCUAAUCUGGACAGGCAUCUGGUGUUUCCAUUGCUCGAGUUCUUGCAGGAGAGAGGGUUGUAUCCUGAGGAAGAUAUUUUGAAGGCGAAGAUUGAGCUGCUCAACCACACUAAUAUGGUUGAUUACGCCAUGGAUAUUCACAAAUCCCUCUACCACUCGGACGAUGUUCCCCAGGACAUGAUUGAUAGGAGAGCUGAGGUGGUGGGCAGGCUGAAGGCUUUGGAGGAUGGGGCUGCUCCUUUGAUUGGCUUUCUGCAGAAUCCAAAUGCAGUUCAGGAAUUAAGGGCUGACAAACAGUACAAUCUCCAGAUGCUUAAUGACCGCUAUCAGAUUGGUCCAGAGCAGAUUGAUGCAUUGUAUGACUAUGCCAAGUUCCAAUUUGAAUGUGGAAACUACUCCGGUGCUGCUGAUUAUCUGUAUCAGUACAGAGCCUUGUGCACCAACAGUGACAAGAGUUUGAGUGCAUUGUGGGGAAAAUUGGCAGCAGAGGUUCUGAUGCAAAAUUGGGAUAUUGCACUGGAGGAGCUUAACCGUUUGAAGGAAAUCAUUGACUCUAAGAAUUUCUCUUCCCCACUGAAUCAAGUCCAAAGUAGAAUAUGGUUAAUGCAUUGGAGUCUAUUCAUCUUCUUCAACCAUGAUAAUGGAAGAACACAGAUUAUUGAUUUGUUUAAUCAAGACAAGUAUCUUAAUGCCAUUCAAACAAAUGCUCCACACCUUUUACGGUACCUGGCCACUGCCUUCAUUGUGAACAAAAGGAGAAGGCCACAAUUUAAGGAAUUUAUAAAGGUUAUCCAGCAAGAGCAGUACUCUCACGAAGAUCCCAUUACAGAGUUCCUUGCUUGCAUCUAUGUCAACUAUGACUUUGAUGGAGCUCAGAAGAAGAUGAAAGAGUGUGAAGAAGUUAUAUUGAAUGACCCAUUUCUUGGAAAAAGAAUUGAAGAGGGAAAUUUUACAACUGUGCCCCUGAGAGAUGAAUUUCUAGAAAAUGCUCGCCUUUUCAUCUUUGAGACGUACUGCCGCAUUCAUCAGCGCAUCAAUAUGGGAGUGCUCGCCGAUAAGCUGAAUUUGAAUUAUGAGGAGGCUGAAAGAUGGAUAGUUAAUCUUAUUAGGACUUCAAAGCUAGAGGCUAAGAUUGAUUCAAAUCUGGGAACCAUUAUAAUGGAACCCAGUUAUACCAAUGUGUAUGAGCAGCUCAUUGACCACACUAAAGCUCUCUCAACCCGUACUUAUAAAAUAGUUCACCAGCUUCUGGAAAAUGCUCCUGGACAGACAGCACGGUAGACAUUGCUCGGACACCACCCCUUACUUUUUGAAUGAUGAGUUGGUUUUGUUAUUGCAAAUUCUGGAUUAACCGUGGAUGCAGUUCUAUGUCUUGUAAUAUUUAUUUUUUUGCUGAAAAAGAGAUGUUCCUCAGAUUUUGGGCGAUUAAUUUAAAUAGAUUGCACUUGCACUGCAUUA